AUGAAAAACCCUAGCCAAAACUGUUCAAAUAUUAAAAUAUGGUGGGUGGCUUUUGGGCUUAUUUGUGGUGGAACUUUUUUGACACGUUUCUACAAAGUUUUGGAACCUGACCAUGUCUGUUGGGAUGAAACACAUUUUGGUAAAAUGGCUAGCUGGUAUAUCAACAGAACUUUCUUUUUUGAUGUACAUCCACCACUGGGAAAAAUGCUCAUUGCAGUAUCAGGGAAGCUAACAGGAUAUGAUGCCAAGUUUCCUUUUGAGAAACCAGGAGACAAAUACGAUGGUGCAAAGUAUGAAGGAAUGAGGGUUUUUUGUACUACACUGGGUGCUCUUAUAAUACCUCUAACUUUUUUAACAUUGUGGGAGAUGACAAGAUCUAUUGAUUCCAGUGUUAUUGGGACCAUGCUUUUGCUUUUUGAUGUAGGAUUUUUAACUCUUAACCGCUAUAUUCUACUUGACCCAAUUCUAUUAUUUUUUAUGAGCUGCUCUAUGUAUGGUGUAUUUAAGGUCCGCUCAUUAUCAGAAGAGGGUCUAUAUCCCUUCUCUAUAAGAAUGUUGUCAUGGCAGAUUUUCCUAGGAACAUCACUAGCCUGCACAAUGUCCGUCAAAUUUGUCGGUCUUUUUAUCGUGCUCUUUGUAGGUCUCAGAACUAUAGCUGACCUAUGGAAUGUACUAGGUGAUUUGUCUAAACCAGUUAGUUUAACCAUCAAGCAUCUGAUUGGCAGAAGCAUAACACUCAUUAUCUGGCCAAUUGUCUUGUAUACGUUUUUCUUUUGGAUCCAUCUCACUGUUCUCAACAAAAGUGGUAAUGGAGAUGGAUUUUAUUCAUCCGGAUUCCAAGCUCGACUUCAAGGCAAUAGCUUACAUAACGCGAGCGCACCGCGUGUGCUGGCCUACGGAGCCAUAUUGACAUUGAAGAAUCAUCGGACAGGCGGAGGUUACUUGCACUCUCAUCAUCAUUUAUACCCACAAAGCGUGGGAGCGAGACAGCAACAGAUAACGACAUAUACACACAAAGAUGACAACAACAAGUGGGUAAUAAAGCCCUUUGAUAGAGAGGAAGUGUCUGGAGUCGUCACGGUCCGUAGCGGUGACCUCAUUCGUUUGACGCACGCGGCUACUGGACGAAACCUUCACUCGCAUAGAGAACGCGCCCCACAAACACCCAAGUUCAUGCAAGUUACUGGAUAUGGUGAGGAUGGUGUGGGUGACGCUAACGAUGUUUGGAAGAUCGUGGUUUCGAAUGGUAAAGAUGGCGACGAAGUACAGACAGUGCGGAGCAAAUUCGUUUUGGUUCACUAUCUUCAGUCCUGUGUUCUGACUACUACGGGCAAACAGCUUCCGAAAUGGGGCUUCGAGCAACAGGAGGUGGCCUGCAAUCCUAACUUAAGAGAUCUCAACGCGCUUUGGAAUGUUGAAGAUAACUUAUUCGAUGGACUACCGAAGAUGAGUUUCGAAUCAUACGCAUCGGGUUUCUUCGAGCGUUUAAUAGAAUCACACGCGGUAAUGUUGCAAGGAAAUGCAGGCCUCAAACCUAAGGAAGGAGAGGUCACCUCGCAGCCGUGGCAAUGGCCCAUUAAUUACAGGGGUCAGUACUUCUCAGGAAGCUCUCAUCGUAUUUAUCUACUCGGCAAUCCAGUAAUAUGGUGGGCCAACUUAGCUUUCCUCGUGGUAUUCUUCAUCAUCUAUAUUGUCAAUUCAAUAAAGGAGAAACGGGCUAUGGCUUUUGGAAGUCCUCUACCGGCUAGUGAAACUCGCAAACUUUUAAAUGGCGCUGGCUGGAGUUUUGUUGGCUGGGCGUUACACUACGUACCGUUUUGGGCCAUGGGUCGAGUGCUGUACUUCCAUCACUAUUUUCCAGCACUUAUUUUCAGUUCAAUGCUCACUGGUAUCCUGACAGAAUACCUACUGCGUAGUAUACAAAGCUAUCUCAGCACCGAGUUGGGUCGCACAGUAUAUCACUCUGCGGUUGGUGUGUUAAUGGGAACAAUAGUCUACAGUUUUCAUCUCUUUUCACCACUUGCAUAUGGAAUGACUGGACCAGCUCAAGACCAGAACUCGACUAUGAACAGUUUGAGGUGGCUCGACUCUUGGGAGUUCUAA